UUCAACAUCAACUUGUCCGCUUAAUUUUUGCCUGUCCACUAAAAGAUUGUCAAACUAUCUGUCCUGAUGAAGCCUCGUUUCAAGCUCAUUUCAUUGGCCAUUUACGUGGACAUCUUCCUGGUGAUUUGACUGAAUUAUUCAAUCCAUAUUCGCUGACUGAAUCAGUGACUACAGUGUCAGUAUCAAGUGGAACAAUGGCGCCAACAGUAGUAGACACACCGCCCACGUUGUCAACAAUUCCAGCAACAACAACCACACCAAUCGUAGUGAACUCGACUCCUGUUGUUGUACAACCGAUAAUGGAUAAUCCUCCUGAGAUAUCACAUUCAUCAUCAAGUAUAGCAUAUAAUAAUAAUCCAUCAUCUAAUCUUCUUACAGAUUAUUCUUCUCAUUUAUCAACUAUUCAUCAAAGUAAUAAUAACAAUAAUAAUAAUAUACUAUCUGGAUCUUCAACAAAUGAUAAUUUCCAUGUUGAAAUAAUGGAUGUUCAGUCUAGUGAUCUAGUGGUUGGAGAUCAAUGUCAAACAUUGUCGAAUAACCCUCCCGGGAGAAUUAAUCCUCAUUCAGAGAUAGUCCAACCAUCAUCAUCAAUUGACAAUAAUCAACCGAUUGUUGUUGUUGCUGCUGCUGCUGCCGGUGAUAUCUCCAAUUCAUCUAGUUGUUUUAACCACUACAUUCAACACGAACAACAGCAGCAGCAAUUCAAUGGACUACCGAAUUCACCAUCAUUAUUCUCCAAUGACGAUGACGCUUCCAUAACCACAUUGUCUGAAGCGUUUAAGCCAGACUCGCAUACUGUUGUUGGUGAUGAUAAUGUUGUAGUAUCAAAUAAUGAAACAG